GCAUGGCGUUUCCGCUGCGUGCCACAUAACUUACCACGUACUCCGUAUCGCGUCUUCCCUUCCGAAUCCCAUUGCUGCACUGCACCACACGGAGUACAGUACGGGUACAGUACAUAUAGGACAUACAGCGCUGCAUGCAGGUGUUACGUCGGUAUCGGCGUGUAUAUUAGCUACACCGACAUCGCACCCAUUCUAUUUCCGUCAUGACUUUGGACAAGCAGCUUCACAAUGCGCGCAUUGUGUCAAGCGUAGCAGCAACUGUCAUCUCCUUGGCUUGUGGUACCAACUAUGUAUAUUCAGCAUGGGCGCCUCAAUUCGCCGACCGCCUCCUUCUGUCCGCGACCGAAUCCAAUCUGAUCGGCCUUUUUGGGAAUCUGGGCAUGUACUCGAUGGGCGUACCCGUGGGCAUGCUCGUUGAUGGGAAGGGACCUCGGCCCGCUGUCAUGCUCGGUUCCUUGCUUCUCGGUAUAGGAUACUGGCCCUUACACACAGCCUACAAUGACGGACACGGUUCCAUCCCGUUGAUGUGCUUCUUUUCAUACCUGACCGGCCUCGGAGGCUGCAUGGCAUUCGCUGCCGCUGUCAAGACAUCCGCUCUGAAUUGGCCGCACCAUCGUGGAUCUGCGACUGCUUUCCCAAUGGCUGCGUUCGGUCUCAGCGCUUUUUUCUUCGCGUUGGUCGGAUCCGUUCUCUUCCCAGGAGAUCCAGGUCGCUUCUUAGAACUACUGGCCACCGGCACUUUUGGCUUGACAUUCGUUGGCUUCUUCUUUCUGCGCGUAUAUCCACACAGCCAUUAUCAUGCAGUAGCACAAGCGACAGACGAGAGUAACUUGUCGGGUUCGCAGCAACUCCAUCGAACUACCUCUCACGAGUCUAGGAAAUCUCGAGCUGGUCGUGGACCGCCAAUUGAACCUGACAUCAGGGGCUUGGCACUCCUUAAAAAUUUUGAGUUCUGGCAAUUAUUCGUCAUUAUGGGUAUUCUGUCGGGUAUUGGCUUAAUGACGAUCAACAACAUUGGAAAUGAUGCUACGGCUCUCUGGAAACAUUGGGAUGAUUCCAUUGACGACAAGUCUCUCGUCCUUCGACAACAGCUUCAUGUUUCCAUCCUUUCCAUCGGUAGCUUUACAGGCAGACUACUCAGUGGCACAGGCUCGGACUUCCUGGUCAAGGUACUCCACGCCAGCCGAGUUUGGUGCCUGGUGUUCGCGGCAGGCGUCUUUUCCGUCGCACAAAUAUGCGCGCUUAACAUUGAAAACCCUCACUUCUUAGGUUUCGUCUCCGGGUUGAGUGGUCUUGGCUACGGUUUUCUAUUCGGGGUCUUCCCGUCUAUCGUUGCAGAAUCCUUUGGCAUUCACGCUCUGAGCCAAAAUUGGGGUUUUAUGACAUUAUCCCCAGUCAUUAGCAGCAACAUUUUCAAUAUCUUCUACGGCUUAGUGUUCGACGCCCAUUCAGUCGUUGAGCCCGACGGUAGCAGAGAUUGUACGGAAGGUCUGGAGUGCUACAGGUCCGCUUAUAUCGUUACAAUAUGCGCUUGUGCGCUAGGCGUAGUGGUUUCCCUUGCUGUCAUUUGGGUACAGAGACGUGAACAGUUGAAAGAAAACAGCAAGGAUCGCUCGGAAGAUUAGAACAUAGGUUACAGACAUGGUAGAACUCAUAGAUUAUAGAGCAGGACGAUUUGGUCAGACAAACAUGCAGAUGUUCCUGGUGGACCACACUGUUGACUUCA